ACAAACAUUUCCAUCCAACGAGACAAAGGUCAUUCAUUUUCCAGUUUUUUUCCCUUGGUCUUUCAACUCGCUGUAAACACGGAGGCCUGUCAACCACAACAAAAUAUUCUCUAUUCAAAAUAAAAAUAGAUAAGCACAAAAUUUUGAAAAGAUAAUCUCAAGCCGAUAAGCUCUUAUCAAGAUGUCGUCGCUUUCUUCGUAAGACACGAAAACAACGUCUUACGCUAUUCGCAAAACAAAAACUUGGCCCUGAAGAACAGAGUGAGCUGGUUGUUUGAAGAGUAGCAGUUUCUUUAACGUACCUACUUAAACUCGAUCUUGGGGACAUAAUAUAUAUUUGAGGCAACUUGACACUUCAUCCACCACAAAUAUUAACAUUGAAAUAAGCCAAGAAAGAGACGUCAUGAACAAUCCAACCACGAUGAAUUCCUUACCACCCGAGAUGAUGGUAAAAGUUUUCCGCAACCUCAAGGAUGCAGACCUCCAAUCAGCAAGACUUACAUGUAAAAGUUGGUGCAGUCUGAUAAACUCUCUGAUUCCCAUGACUGUAAUAUUGGACAAUCAGCAAAAGGGAAACACAGAUUUUGUCAAGUCCGUUGUAAAGAAGAGUGUCAUCAUAAAAAGUGCGCCUAGCCAUGCAAUGAAGAAGGCUUUAUGUAGUCCUAGACAUCCUCAAGCUUUAAAAAGAUUUGUUGUGUUGGGUCCGGUCCAUUGCAAGCUCUUUGUAAAAGAAGUACUACAUUUUCAAAAUUUGAUAACGCUAAUCGUUGGAAAAGAAACUUUGCUUAAACGUCUCAGCCUUCAGCAGUCCAUAUAUUUGCCAAAGUUGAAGAAAUUAAUUUUAAAUUCUCCAUUCCACGGAGAGGUGGAAUACUUUAUUGAUACCCCAAAGAAUCAAGUGUCCGUGGCUAGAAACAUACUUGACUUUCUCAGUAACCUGUGGUGCCCAGAAAUUACUGAAUUAGUUCUUGAUGGGGAUGUUGAACAAGGAAGAGUUGAGAUGAGAUACAACUGGAGAAAUGCUCUGCUAGGGUUUCUAAAAAAGUACCGUGCAACUCUCAAGAAGGUGUCCGUUGGAGAAAGCAGUGUUUUAAAGUCUCAUGAGCCUAGUGUUGACAAUUAUCCCUACGUAACAAAUCUACAGCAUCUUCAUUUGUCGUUUUAUAGUAACAACCACCGUGAUACUAGUGAAAAUUUUUGGACUAAAUUCACUUUGGCACAAACGAAUCUAGAAAUUCUCAAUAUUGGAGCUUUGUGGUAUAAUAAAUCACUUGAAUUUUUCUCCAAUCUUCCACGAACCCUCAAGAACUUGACGCUGUAUUGGAAUUUGAGCGAAAGCAGGAUUGUAAAUUGCGCAAUUUUUGGAAAUUUUAUUUACUUGGUUCGGUUGGAAUUAACAUUUGACGGACUUUGGGGUCAGCGUUUAUCCAAGUUUUCCUUGUUACGGAAAUGCAAGAAUUUGAAGGUACUUAUUAUUGAGCAAUUGCUAGUAAAAGCCAAGCAUUUAGAGUGCAUCGACCAGUAUCUACCAAAACUAGAAGUGCUUUACUUAUAUUCGUGUGCUGACAUACAUGACCGAUUAUACGGUACUGGACCAUUUGGGAUUUCGAGCUUGGCGUUAACCAGAUUUUUGUGGAACUUUGAAGAACUGUUAUAUCUGCACGUCUGUCCAGAAGAUUUCCUGGGUGAUGCAAAAACAGUAGCACAAAUGAAUGCGCUAAUCAGUAAGGUUGCAUAUAAGCGAAAGGGAUGCAAAGGAUAUUUCGUUGGACAAGAACCGGAUUGGCUAAUCGACAACUCUUACGGUUCUUGUCCAUUGUCCUAG